UUAAUUUGCCACUGAAAUAGUGUUCAAGUGUCUCCCUGAUUGGCGUCCGUGGUAAUCGAAGUAAGAAAAAUGAUUCUGACAACACUUAUAGCUAUCGGUGCUUUGUCUGCAAUUUACUAUUUAAUUGGAAGUUACAAUGAGACGUACUGGAAAAAACGUGGAAUAACAUUCUACAGUAAGAACAAAGUUUUUGGUCCGAUGGGAGAGUUCGUAACAUCAAAUCGAGCGCUGUUUGAAAUUUUUAGUAACAUCUAUAAAAUGUAUCCAAACGAACCUGUUGUUGCAGUGGGUAAUUUGCUUACUCCUGGUCUUUAUGUCAAAGAUUUAACCAACCUAAAUCACGUUUUAAAUGUAGAUUUCAAUUCAUUCAGUCACAGAGGAUUUGAGGUAAAUGAAGGCGAUCAACUUGCCGAUAAUGUUCUCUUUAUGAACGGUAACAGAUGGAAGUUGAUGCGUCAAAAUAUGACACCUCUGUUUACAUCCACUAAAUUAAAGAGCAUGUUUUAUAUACUAGAUCGUAGUGCAAUGGAUUUUGUACAAUACUUAAAGGAUAAACCGGAACUUUUACAGAAGGACACAUACCAAACUCUUACCACUUUUUGCAGUGCUGCUAUCGGAGCUUCUGUCUUCGGUAUAGAAAAUGAAUCUGUUUUUGACUCACCUUUUCUUGAAAUGGCAAACAAGGCCUUUGCACCCACAUUUAAGCUUAACUUCCUGAUUGCUAUUGCCACCGUGAACGAGAAAUUGUUUAAGCUGUUAAGAGUAAAAUUGUUUAAAGAUCAUGAAGACUUCUUCAUUGGAGCUAUAAAGCAAGUGAUUCGAAAAAGACAAUCAGAAAACGUCAAAAAACACGAUUUCGCAGAUUUAUGUGUUGGUUUGAUAAAUAAGGGUGCGUUAAAAGAUGAUGACACAGGUUUAGAAAUACAACCUACUGAUGAAAUAUUAGCAGCUCAAGCGUUCUUUUUCUUCGUCGCCGGAGUAGAACCCAGUGCCACAGCUAUGUUCGCUAUAUUAGUAGAGUUGGGUAGGAAUCCGGAACCACUUAAACGCCUUCAUGAAGAAAUCGAUAGUACAUUCGAUAAAUAUAAUAAAAUAACAUAUGAUAUCCUCACCGAAAUGGAAUAUCUAGACAUGGUGUACAAUGAAGGAAUAAGAAUGUAUCCGCCAAUAGGAACCUUAGUAAGGAAAUGCAUAAAGGAUACUGUACUACCAACUGGUAAUCUAAAAGUUGAAGCUGGAACGAAGGUAUUUACCCCAAUAUUUGAAAUCCACCAUGACCCAAAAUAUUACCCGGAUCCUGAAGUUUUUAACCCUGAGAGAUUUUCACGUGAAAAUUUAAAGAACUUGAAUAGUAAUGCGUUUAUGCCUUUCGGUGAAGGUAAGAGAUUGUGCAUUGGUGUCAGAUAUGCGACUUUACAAGUGAAAGCUGGUUUAGUUCAUUUACUUCGUCACUUUACUGUAAAAACACAAAUUGGUGAAGGCGGAAUCAAAUAUCUAAAGCAGAAUGUACAAGUAAGGCCGACGAACAUAAAUGUUCAACUUUUACCAAGAGAUAUGACUAAAAGUAUAUAAAGCUGGUUUAAAUGAACACCAACUGCUAUCAAUACUUUUUGUGUAACGGGAUUCGGAUUUUUAAAGCGUUUUAUGUAGGUGAAGAAAUUAAUAUAAUUAGAGAUUAUUUUUUUUUAUUGUAAUUUCAUUAUUAUAUAUGAUUCGUUUAUAAUUGUGUUUUGGAAUUUUUUUAAUUUACGGUAUUGUAUUGUAUGAAUAUACUUCAUUUUGUAAUCAUUACCUUUAUAUCCCACUGCACUGUAGUUGCAGUCUGAAAAUCAUUUGUUACUUUCAGUAACCUAUCCUCAACACAAGGAGGUCCUUGUAUGGAACUCAAGCUCCGACAAAAAUUGUUAUCCUUUGUGUUGUUACGUUGAACAUAUGUCGAUGUGUUCCUUAUAAGGUAUAGAUUUCAAUGAUAAUAUAAAAUGAAAAUAAAAAUCUUA